AUGGAAUCGGUAACUGGUUUCUUCUGGGACGAUGGAACUUCCAAGAAGUCAAGGAGUGGCUCAAAUACACAUUUAGACAAUGAGGGAAAAGCAGCUACCAACGGAGAGCGCAAAAGUAGUACUGGGUCGAUUCACGAGGGAAGUACAAUCGGAAGCUCAACACAGCAAUAUCUGGCCGAUAAGUUGGUCGAAAAGCUCAUUUAUAUGGCGCUUCCUCCUUCUUCAGAGCUGGCACAGAAAACGAUAGAGUACAGGGUAGAGUCUAGCAGAAAUAGGCCGGGGUUGUCAGUCCCAAUCAUGAGUCGUAACUUUAUACAAAUGAAUUCUAGAUUGGGUCCACCCUUUCUGGUGAUCGACGAGAUCAUAAAGAUUCUAAAUUGGUCGAAUACAGCGUACACGUUGUCAAUACUGUCACUGUUCACUUAUAUCGUUAUGAAACCACUGCCGACCCUUACAAGUAUCCCUCUUUUCUACGUUGUAUUUGGCAUUAUGGUGCCACAGUAUCUCAGAUUACACAAGCCUGAUGCGCUCGAUGCAUUCGAGUCCAACCCAGUGCCUGCGCGGGGGCCUCCCCUGUUAAAACCUGAAGUUCCUAAACCGGUGCCAGAGUUUAGUAAGGAGUUUCUGCUCAACUUGACUGAUCUACAAAACCAUAUGUUGUUAUACGUUGUUGCAUUUGAUUUUAUCAACCAUAUUUUAUCACAUUUUGCGUUUUUCACCGAUGAGAGUAUUUCGAGCGCUGCAUUUUUAGUACUGCUAGUGAUGGCAUGGUUUAACGCGCUCUUUAUGGAUUCGAUCACAAGGGUUAUUCCCGUUAAGCCAUUUCUGAUAUUGCUCGGAUGGGUCUCAGCUUUGGCCCUGCAUCCUUACAACCGCGACUGGGUAUUGGGCAAAAUGACCUCAGAGGAGACAAGGCUACGAGUUCUCCUUCUCUCCAGUAGAAUCGAAAGAAGGAUCCACGAGUGUUUUGAUUACCAGGAGGUUGGGGAAACUCGACAGGCCUCAAUUUUCGAAGUGCAGCAGUUUCAAGAGCAAAAUAAAAGCUGGAAUCUUGUUGGGUACUCUACUGACCACUACACUUUAUUCUCCGAUUACAGAAUAUCGGAAAAGGAUAUUGCAGACGCGGCUCAUAGUCUUGACAGUGUCAAAGCGCCGCUAGAGUGGGAGUGGCUAACGGACUCCAGGUGGGAAUUAGACCUGGAUCCGGUAUCAUGGGUGGAGCUUGAGUUUGUCGAAUAUGUUGACAUUAACGUAGAAGAGAAGUGGGUCUACGACAUAUGCUUGGAUGGUUCUCGAGGGAGCUACAGAAGGAGAAGAUGGGUAAGGGAGUGCACACGGAUCGCUGAGGUUGUUGACGCAAAAAGCGAUCCUUCAGAAGCCACUAUGACGCAAGGAGACGGUGCCGACGUCGUUUCCCCCGCAAGGCGAAAGAGUUACUCUGCGCUUGCUCCAAAUAUCCCUAAUUCCACACCGACAGGCUCCGUGGCAAGUGGGAACAGCAAUCUAAGUCGGGAUACCUCGGAUCCUGGCAGUCCCAAUGCCGCCUCGCGAGCUACAAAGAGUUUAUCCAAUUUCUUAAACUUGCCUUAA